UGCGUCAGCGAGCGCGCCGGUGCCCGGCGUCCGCCCGGUAGUGUAGGUGACAGCUGAGGUCAUCUCCACGGGGUCUGAGUCUUCCUGUGCGGCCUGGCGGAGGCGCGUAGGAACAAGCGCAGCCUUGAGCGAUGGCCACGCCGCCCCUGCGGACCUUCUCCUGACUGCGCGGGCCCGGGCCAUGUGGACCCUCGCGGGCCGCGGCUGCCGGCGCGAAAAACCAGACAUGUCUAAAUUUCCUGUUGAAGAUACUAGAAAUUUCAGUAUCAUCGCACAUGUGGAUCAUGGCAAAAGUACUUUAGCUGACAGGCUGUUAGAACUAACAGGAACAAUUGAUAAGACAAAGAAUAAUAAGCAAGUUCUUGAUAAAUUGCAAGUGGAACGAGAAAGAGGAAUCACUGUUAAAGCACAGACAGCGUCUCUUUUUUACAAUUUUGAAGGAAAGCAGUAUCUUUUAAAUCUUAUUGAUACACCAGGCCAUGUUGAUUUUAGUUAUGAAGUGUCCAGGUCACUUUCCGCUUGCCAAGGUGUUUUACUGGUGGUCGAUGCAAAUGAGGGUAUUCAAGCUCAAACUGUAGCAAACUUCUUUCUUGCUUUUGAAGCACAGCUAUCAGUAAUUCCAGUUAUAAACAAGAUAGAUCUAAAGAAUGCAGAUCCUGGAAGAGUUGAGAAACAAAUUGAAAAAGUAUUUGAUAUUCCAAGUGAUGAAUGUAUUAAGAUUUCUGCUAAACUUGGAACCAAUAUUGAAAGUGUUCUUCAGGCAGUUAUUGAAAGAAUACCUCCUCCUAAGGUACAUCGCAAAAAUCCCCUGAGAGCUUUGGUAUUUGACUCCACCUUUGACCAAUAUAGAGGUGUGGUAGCCAAUGUAGCACUGUUUGAUGGAGUGGUUUCCAAAGGAGAUAAAAUUGUAUCGGCACAUACUCAAAAGACAUAUGAAGUUAAUGAAGUAGGAGUUUUGAUUCCUAAUGAGCAACCAACUCUUAAAUUAUAUGCAGGACAGGUGGGCUAUUUGAUUGCUGGGAUGAAAGAUGUCACUGAAGCCCAAAUAGGAGAUACAUUGUAUUUACGUAACCAACCUGUGGAGCCCUUGCCUGGGUUUAAAUCAGCGAAAGCAAUGGUAUUUGCAGGAAUGUACCCUAUAGAUCAAUCUGAAUAUAAUAACCUGAAGAGUGCCAUAGAGAAACUGACUUUAAAUGACUCCAGUGUGACGGUACAUCGGGAUAGUAGUCUUGCCCUGGGUGCUGGCUGGAGGUUGGGAUUUCUUGGACUUCUGCAUAUGGAAGUUUUCAACCAGCGACUUGAGCAAGAAUAUAAUACUUCCGUUAUUUUGACAACCCCUACUGUUCCAUAUAAAGCUGUUCUUGCAUCAGCAAAAUUGAUAAAGGAAUACAGAGAAAAAGAAAUCACAAUCAUCAACCCUGCACAAUUCCCUGAUAAAUCAAAAGUAGCAGAAUAUCUGGAGCCAGUUGUUCUGGGCACUAUUAUCACACCAGAUGAAUAUACUGGAAAAAUAAUGGCUCUUUGCCAGGCUCGAAGAGCAGUUCAAAAACAUUUGAUGUUUAUUGAUCAAAAUAGAGUUAUGCUUAAGUAUCUCUUCCCUUUGAAUGAAAUUGUGGUAGAUUUUUAUGACUCUUUGAAAUCCUUGUCUUCUGGAUAUGCUAGCUUUGAUUAUGAAGACGCAGGCUACCAGACUGCUGAUCUUGUAAAAAUGGACAUUCUCCUGAAUGGAAAUAUUGUAGAAGAGCUAGUAACUGUUGUACAUAAAGAAAAAGCACACUCUGUUGGGAAAACUAUAUGUGAACGUCUAAAGGAUUCUCUUCCCAGGCAGCUGUUUGAGAUAGCAAUUCAAGCUGCUAUUGGAAGUAAAAUCGUUGCAAGAGAAACUGUGAAAGCCUAUAGAAAAAAUGUUUUGGCAAAAUGUUAUGGUGGUGAUAUUACCCGAAAAAUGAAACUUCUGAAGAGACAAGCAGAAGGAAAAAAAAAACUGAGGAAAAUUGGCAACAUUGAAGUUCCAAAAGAUGCUUUUAUAAAAGUUUUAAAAACACAAUCUAAUAAAUAAUUCAAAAUUUUCAUAAA